AGAGGCGCUAAACCAUUCAAAGCAUGGCGUCUCGGGGCAACUGCAGCCUGCCUCACCCUGCAGACUGGGCUGACGCGAUCAACGAGUUCCUGGACUCGAAAAUCCUCAUCGACUAGGACGGGAGCAACCACCAACGUCAUGAGCGCCAGCCGCUUUGCGAGAAGCUCUCGAAGCCUUUGGUCACGGGGCGCGAUCAACAGGGCCUGGGCACCACGUACAAUUGGCAUCUGCGUCGAGCCAUGCCCGAUCACGUUUGCUGAACGACGUGCAGUCCUGCAGGUGCUUCAGCGGGAGGCCCCUAUUGAAGUAUUCAAGCGAUACCUGACGGAGGCGGAUAAGUUCAUUGCCGUCACGAAGACCACCGAUGCCGCCGAGAGGUUGAUAGCCUCAUCUCCGAAGAGCUAUACCGUGCAGACGCCGACGCAACCGAAUCCCAUAUUCCUCGACCUCAAGAAGUCUAAACAUACUCCAGACCCGGUCAUCUCUGAUACGAUCAUCUCUGAUCCGGUUGAGUCUGAUAGCAGUAGUCAGCGCCCAGAAGAGGCGACAACCUUCACUAUCACAAUCAGCCCAAAGAACAGCCAGCACGCGGACCAGGGGUUUUACGAUCCGCUUCAGGGCUCAUGGCCGCACCAGUUCACGGAAUUCGACACCUAUACAUCAUCCAUGCUCAAGCAGUCCCUGCCCUCGAAUAUGGCUGCCACGGGCCUAGCGCAUUGGGGCAUGUUAGAGUCGGUCAAGAGGAAAGACACACACGAGCAAGAACGCAUGGAAGCACGAAAAUGGAUCCCCAGACAUAUCCGCCAGGACAGGCUGAUGUUUACAAGGCGGGAGGACCCAUUGUCGGAUGAGGACGCGCCGGCAGGACGAGAAUCAGAUCUCGACUAAGCGACACGUUCAGAGGGGCGACAUUGUGGUUUCAAAGUCUAGGAUCGCAUCGACUCUGGAAGUGAUGGGCAGAUCUGA